AUGGACAUUCAGCGAUCCGAGCAGCGUGAUGGAGUGAUCCACGCUGAGAAGCGAGUUCAGCGCCUCAAAGAUCAGCUCAAUGAGUUACGCCAAGCGUCAGAAGAUAUUGAUCCGUCGAAUCUUAUCGCUCAGUUGAAGGACGAAAUAGCAACAAAUUCGUAUCUGUAUGAAACGAAACUGGCAAAGGAAAUCGAGCAGAAACGUCAAGUGGUCGGUGAGCUCACCAAUGCCACCAACGUAGCAGCCACAAGCAAUUUUGACAUUAAUGCUCUACAAGCUGAGGUGGACGCAAAAACGAACAGAAUCAUGGCUCUCGAACAGGAAAGAGACAAAGGUGAAGAACAAGUCAACGAGAACUUCAGGUGCUUUCGACUUACUGUCUCA